AUGCUUGGUUGUUGGCUUCAAAAAGGUCAGCAAGUACUGCGUCCCGGCUUCUGGCCACGCACAACAAGCAAGGCGUCAUCAUCCCUACCAAAUUCUCUUUCCACCUCGCUCGAUCCUCUCAUCACUUGCCUUCAGAUGCUCGGCAUUGCGGAGCUGUGCCAAGCCUUGGACAACAACCCUCCGGAUCGCGACCCGGAGUCAAAGACGGCGCUCGGAUGCGCGCAAGAAGCGCAAGGUCAAAACAUCUGCGCCUGCAAAAGUGCCGCCAGCUACACGGCCAUCACCAGCAUGCAGUCACAAUCGCAGAAUGAACAAGACAAACUUGAGGGAUCUCCGCUCUCUACUACCUGA